AUGGGAAAGUCUGCCAUCCUCAAGUGCUCCGCGCCGCCCCCGAACGCUGCGUGUUUCAUCCUUACAAGCCCUGCUCAGAACCCUGCGCCUGCCAUUCUCAUAAGCUCUGCGCCGGACGCUGCAACUGCCAUCCUUACGAGCUCCGCGCCCAACGCUGCAUCUGCCAUCUUCACGAGUCCUACUAGAGAUGCUGCGUCUGCCAUCCUCACGAGCUACACAAACUACGCUGCGUGUCCCGUCCUCACCAGCCCUGCUACUAUGCUGCAUCUGUCACCCUUACAGGCUCCGCGCUCAACGCUGUGUCUGCCGUCCUCACGAGCUCCGCACCUGAUGCUGCGACAGCGGUCCUCAAGAGUCCUCAGAUCACCAGCCUUGCUACAUACAGAUGCUGCAUCUGCCACCCUCAUAGUCUCCGCGCCCAACGCUGUGUCUGCCGUCCUCACGAGCCCUACUACAGAUGCUGCGUCUGCCAUCCUCACGAGCUCCGCGUCCGACGCUGCGUCUACCGUCCUCACAAGCCCUGCUACAGAUGCUGCGUCUGCCAUCUUCACGAGAUCCGUGCCGGACGCUACGUCUGCUGCAUGCUGGAACUCCACACCACCAGUCACAGAAACAAAUUUCUCAGGUAUAUCGCUCCGAGAUGUUCCCAGCACAUCUUUUGCGACUGAACUCAACAAUAAUGUUUCACCUACAAUGGAAAUGUCCAACGAAGUAUCAAGUAUUCCAAACUCCGCGCCAAACUUCGUUCGAUCUUAUGUUUCCCAACAACCGUUGGACGUUCUUCCAGGUACAUCUUUGGGAACCGACGCUAACAACAAUAAAUCGUCCUCAUUUAGAAUCCGCCGUCCAGCAAAGAAAAAUUCUUAUAUAGAUUAUAUGUCAGACGAUGACAUAGCUUUGUUAAAUUCCUUUGGCGAUGCAGGAAGCUCAGAUGAGUGGGAGCCGGAAAGAAACGGAAAGAAAAGGAAACAAAUGACUAUUAACGUCAUAGAAGAGUUUAUUGGUAACAAUGAGACGAAAAAGGUUAAUAAAAAUAAGAGGAAACAGGCUGCUCAAAAACGGUUAUCUGGUCAGAGUUACAUUAAAACAAACGGAGAAAUUCUUCAAGAAAAAAAGUCCAACCAAACCCUUGUGCGGGUAAGAAAUGUGGAAACAACUGCAGAGAUAUAA